CACACCAUGAAGACCCAGAAGGCCGGGGACCCCGGGGGCCAGACGCCAAGCUCUCCUUCCCCACGCCAACGGAUGUCUGGUUUCAGCCUGCGGGGUCGGAAGAAGGAGGGCCUGAUCCGCGGGGAGCUACGCAUCCGCUCCAUGCCAGGAGCCUUCCUGGUGCUGGGGGUCAUCGUGGUGGUGGUGGGCACGGCCCUGGCAGUGGCUGGGUACUGGCCCUACCGGACCCAGCGUUCCCAGCUGCUAGGAGUUGGACAACAAGGCUCUGGUUCUGUAGACGGGGCAGGAGGAGUUAGAGGUGGGGGUGUCUCUGAACCCCAUGAACGGAUGAAGCUCCUGGGACCAGUCAUCAUGGGCGUGGGGCUGUUCAUCCUCAUCUGUGCCAACACGGUGCUGUACGAGAACCGCGACAGGGAGACCCAGAUGCUGCUGGCCCAGAUGCGGAGCGUCAUCUGUUCGGUGUCGGCGGCCAUGCCCUCGGCCGACCUCUCAGACAUGGCAGCAGCCAACUCCAUGGCCAGACACUACCAGUGGGUGAGCAGUCUGCCUGCCACCCACCUUAACAUCCUCUAUCUGCAGCAGCUAGCCAGCUCAGAGCCCCUGCUGCAGACGACCAGAGACAGCAGAGAGGAGGAGAGGGCAACUGACCGUAUGUACCAGCAGGCCACCGUACAGACGGAGGCUCUACACCACCAGGACUCAGCCUCCACCCCUUCCCUCCACUCCUCCCACUCCAACUCAUGCAACUCCAGCAAGAUGGGCUUCAACACGGGGAGGGCCGGUGGUGGUGGUGGGCCAAGGGUACGGGGCUUCAGCCCGGACCCCCAGCCCGCUCACCUCUUUAAGCUCAACAACUGUCUGUUGUCAGCCAGCUCCAUGUCUACUCUUGGAGGGGAUGACUGGGAGAGGUCGGAGGUCACGGCCACGCUGCCCAGGCGCUCCCACAGUCUGAGCUACAGGACUAACCCCGGCCCUCACGGGCCCCAGACUGUAAUACGUCUACAGGAAGGGGCCAUGCGACCCGGGGGACCUGGGGCAGACCCACAGAGAGUGCGGAGUGAGCCCAGCUCAGACGUGUGUGUGAACAUGAUUGGGUGUGGCGGUGUGGAGCCCCCGGAGCUCACCCCCAUAGAGGAGCAGAGGCACUGCAGCUGGCCCCGGUUAGACCUGGGCUGUGCCCGCAGGUACCUGAAGCUGGACAAUAAGGAGGACUCGGUGGACAGACUGCUAGACCAGUUGGAGCAGCAGUGUUCUCAGUGGGAUAACAGUUUCGGCUCAGGGCCUUUCCAGUGA